UUUUACUCGUACAAUGAAUCCUGGUGUGAUUGUGAUUAUAUUGUGAAGCCCCAUGGCCCAACCUGUGGACUCCGGUGUUUGAUGGUUCCGGGUCGAAGAUCCCGAUCCCGGCUUUCCCGUAUGCUCUCCAUUUCACGAGCAACAACAAGACAAAACCUGUUUGUUCUCACUCCAAUUCUCAGAUCCCAACGAAAAGAGCCACACUCGUCGCAUUAGCAUAACACCAUCGCCGAACUCACUCGAAUCGCAAUCGUAAUGUGAUGGAUUCCCCACAUUCGCAGCAAACGUGGGGAAGGUCACCCACCACCACCUCCUCCUCCUCUCUCUCCAAAUCCAAUUCCAAUUCAAAUUCCGACACCAUCCAAAGCCUCUCCUCGAUCCUCAACAACCCCCACGCCUCCGACGCCGCCUCCUGGGUCGGCUGGUGGUCCUCCUCCACCGCCGUCGCGCCGCCCGAAUUCGCCCCCAUAGCCGCCGCCAAGGCCGCCUCCGAGGUCUCCCGAUCCGACUUCCUCCCCUACCUCGCCCCCAUCGCCGACGCCUACCACCGCUUCGAGGACAUCCGCAACCACGCCUCCAGGGAGAUCAACGACGUCGCCAAGGCCGCAGCCGCCGAUGGCGGCGCCGGCGGCGGUGGCGGUCUCGGCGAGGCGCUGGUCGCGUGCCUCCGCGAGGUCCCGUCGCUCUACUUCAAGGAGGACUUCCGGCUGGAGGACGGCGCCACGUUCCGCGCCGCGUGCCCGUUCGCCAACGUCGCCGAGAACCUCGCGCUGCAGGAGAAGCUGUCGCACUACCUCGAUGUGGUGGAGCUCCACCUCGUGAAGGAGAUCUCGCUCCGCUCCUCCUCGUUCUUCGAGGCGCAGGGCCAGCUGCAGGACCUUGAUGAUAAGAUCCUUCAAGGUUGCACGCAAAUUCGGCACCUCAAGGACACCAUUCGCCUCCUCGACGCCGAUUUGGUCCACGACGCGCGCCAGAUUCAGGAGCUUAACGGCACCAGGACUAACCUCUUGGCGCUCCUGCAGAAACUCAGGCUUAUAUUAUACGUCAACCAGGCCCUCUCUGCUCUCAAAUUGCUUGUUGCGUCUGCAGAUUGUGCUGGAGCGUUGGAUGUGACUGAUGAUUUGCAACAUUUGCUGGAUGGAGAUGAACUCACUGGUCUACAUUGCUUUCGGCAUCUUAGAGAUCAUGUAAUAGGCUUUAUAGAUUCCAUAAACAGCAUUCUCUCGGCUGAGUUUAUUCGAGCUUCGUUACACGAUGCUGCAGAAAAAGAUAGUAUAAUUUUAUCCAAAGCUAAAGCAAGAGCUUCCCUUCCAAUGAACGGAAAGGAUGAUGAAGUAAUGUUGGAAGAAGAAGAAACCAAUAUUUUCAAAGAUAGUCUUCUUCCUACUGUAAUUGGAUUGCUUAGAACUGCUAAACUUCCCACUGUUCUGAGGACUUAUCGAGAUACGCUGACUGCUGAUAUGAAGAGUGCUAUUAAGACUGCUGUUGCUGAGUUGCUUCCAGUUCUUGCUUCUCGAGGUUCUGAGUCAGAGUUCUUUUCUGGAGACAGGGCUGUCGAUGCAGAUGGUGGAGGUGCAUCACUUGCUAGCAAGUUGAGGAGCCUAUCAUCUGAUUGCUUUGUGCAUCUUCUGAGCGCUAUUUUCUUGAUAGUACAGGCACAUUUAGUGCGGGCUGCUGAAGUGAAAAAGGCCAUUGAAUGGAUUUUGAACAACCAUGAUGGCCAUUAUGCUGCUGAUUCAGUUGUGGCAGCAAUUGCUCAUGGUGCUGUUGCUGCAGAAACAUCCCAGGAAAGCGAGGCUCAUGGUACUACAUUUUUACCAUAUUCAUCACAAAGAAGUGUUGCCAAGGGUUCUUCAUUUCAGGGAAAAGCAAUUGAUGCUGUGAGCUCCUCAAACAUGUCAAAAAAUUUCAGAGCUGAUAUAUUGCGAGAAAACGCAGAAGCUGUCUUUGCAGCAUGCGAUGCUGCUCAUGGAAGAUGGGCAAAACUUCUUGGUGUCCGUGCAAUUCUCCAUCCUAGGUUGAAAUUGCAGGAGUUUCUAACCAUAUACAAUAUCACCCACGAGUUCAUUACUGCAACAGAAAAAAUAGGUGGGAGAUUGGGAUACAGCAUCCGUGGCACGCUGCAAUCACAGGCCAAGGCUUUUAUUGAUUUUCAGCAUGAAUCACGGAUGUCAAAGAUAAAGGCAGUGCUUGACCAGGAAACUUGGGUGGAGAUAGAUGUUCCUGAUGAAUUUCAAUCCAUCAUUAAUAUGCUUUUUACAUCUGAAGCAUUGACUUCUGAGAACCUUAAUGGCACUGAGGAUGAUAUUUCAACUGGUUACAAUGGUGUCGUGACUAACAAUGAUGUUAUGCCAACGGCAGAUAGUGCACAGUCAAAUGCUGAACAGCAAAUUACUCGGACAAAUUCCAUUGAAGCAUCUAUGAAUAGUGAAGCAUCCGAUAGUUCCAAACCCCUGGUCGAUUCAAUAGAACCAAAUAAAGCUCAUGGUAGGAUUUCAUCAGCACACAGUAACAAUCUCGAGAAAGACCAUAAAAAAUCUGCAUCUCAGGCUCUUUAUUACAAAGGUGUUAGUUAUCACAUGGUAAACUGUGGCUUAAUAUUGCUCAAGAUGUUGUCGGAGUACAUUGAUAUGAACAACCUUGUGCCCACACUAUCUUCAGAAGUUGUUCACCGUGUGGUAGAAAUCUUGAAGUUUUUCAACACAAGAACAUGCCAACUUGUGCUUGGAGCUGGUGCUAUGCAGGUGUCUGGUUUGAAGUCUAUUACUUCAAAACACCUGGCGUUGGCGAGUCAAGUCAUUAGUUUUGUACAUGCUAUUAUUCCUGAUAUUCGGCAGAUUCUUUUUCUUAAAGUACCCGAGACUAGAAAAAUAUUAUUGCUUUCAGAGAUUGAUCGGGUCGCUCAGGAUUAUAAAGUACACAGAGAUGAAAUACACAGUAAAUUAGUUCAAAUAAUGCGAGAAAGAUUACUAGUCCAUUUACGUGGGUUGCCUCAAAUUGUUGAGAGUUGGAAUAGACCUGAGGAUGCUGACCCUCAGCCUAGUCAAUUUGCUCGGUCCCUUACAAAGGAAGUUGGGUACCUACAACGUGUUUUAUCUCGAACUUUGAAUGAAGAAGACGUUCAAGCAAUUUUCGGGCAAGUGGUCGUUAUAUUUCAUUCACAAAUUUCAGAAGCAUUUUCAAGAUUUGACAUAAGCACUCCUCCAGCUAAGAAUAGGCUAUAUCGGGAUGUCAAACAUAUUCUUCAAUGCAUACGGUCAUUGCCAUUGGGUGAUUUGAGUAAAUCUGAUACCCCAAACUGGGGUCAGCUGGAUGAAUUCUUGGUGCAGAGAUUUGGAAAUGAUGCUGUUCAGUAAAUUGUAUUGUAAAGUAGCAACUCAAUUGCUUCCGUGGGAAGGCUAACAUACUUUGGAAGAUAUGGGGGUGAUUUAAACCUUCUUCACUCUGCAUUUUUUGUGUAACACUAAAUUGAGGCCUUUGGUUGGUCUGUGGUAGAUAUACAAGGUAAUGUAUCAUUUCUGAGCAUUGUGCAGCCGUGGUUGGUCGUUUAACAGAAGUUUUGUAGCAGUCGAUGUUGAUAUUCAAAUUCUUGUUUUGUCUCCAUAAUUGUAAUGUUAAGUUGAAAAUAGAUAUGAUUUAGUGAAUGAAUUAAGUUUUUCCCCCCGCCCAUAUCUUUCCCUUUGCUUCUUCAGCCAUGAAUAUCGAUGAAUCAAUAUGUACACAAUUCGAGAAAUCCAUAGUAAGAUUACCAGUCUGUGUGUUCUGUUCUGGUGCAUAUUUGAGAAAUCUAGUGAGAUUACCGAUCUGUGUGCUCUUAUAAGAACUACCUUAAAUAAAUAAAUAAAUAAUAUUUGCAA